UCAGGAGGGGGGCAAAUGGCGAGCGAGAAGCCGGGCCCGGGCCCGGGGCUCGAGCCUCAACCCGUGGGGCUCAUCGCCGUCGGGGCCGGAGGCGGAGGCGGCGGCGGCGGCGGCGGCGGCGGGGGUAGCGGUGGUGGCGGCAGCGGGAUGGGGGAGCUGAGAGGGGCGUCCGGCUCCGGCUCGGUGGUGCUGCCUGCGGGGAUGAUUAACCCUUCGGUGCCGAUCCGCAACAUCCGGAUGAAAUUCGCAGUGUUGAUUGGACUCAUACAGGUCGGAGAGGUCAGCAACAGGGACAUCGUAGAGACGGUGCUCAACCUGCUGGUUGGUGGAGAGUUUGACUUGGAGAUGAACUUUAUUAUCCAGGAUGCUGAGAGUAUAACAUGCAUGACAGAGCUUUUGGAACACUGUGAUGUCACAUGUCAAGCAGAAAUAUGGAGCAUGUUUACAGCCAUCCUACGAAAAAGUGUUCGGAAUUUACAGACUAGUACAGAAGUUGGGCUAAUUGAGCAAGUAUUGCUGAAAAUGAGUGCUGUAGAUGACAUGAUAGCAGAUCUUCUAGUUGAUAUGUUGGGGGUUCUUGCCAGCUACAGCAUCACUGUCAAGGAGUUGAAGCUUUUGUUCAGCAUGCUUCGAGGAGAAAGUGGAAUCUGGCCAAGACAUGCAGUAAAAUUAUUAUCAGUUCUUAAUCAGAUGCCACAAAGACAUGGUCCUGAUACUUUUUUCAAUUUCCCCGGUUGUAGUGCUGCGGCAAUUGCAUUGCCUCCUAUUGCAAAGUGGCCUUAUCAGAAUGGCUUCACCCUAAACACUUGGUUUCGUAUGGAUCCAUUAAAUAACAUUAAUGUUGAUAAGGAUAAACCUUAUCUUUAUUGUUUUCGUACUAGCAAAGGAGUUGGUUACUCUGCUCAUUUCGUUGGCAAUUGCCUGAUAGUCACAUCACUGAAGUCCAAAGGAAAAGGUUUUCAGCACUGUGUGAAGUAUGAUUUUCAACCACGCAAGUGGUACAUGAUCAGCAUUGUGCACAUUUACAAUCGAUGGAGGAACAGUGAAAUUCGGUGUUAUGUUAAUGGACAGCUGGUGUCCUACGGUGAUAUGGCUUGGCAUGUUAACACAAAUGAUAGCUAUGACAAGUGCUUUCUCGGAUCUUCAGAAACUGCUGAUGCAAAUAGGGUAUUCUGUGGUCAACUUGGUGCCGUGUAUGUGUUCAGUGAAGCCCUCAACCCUGCACAGAUAUUUGCAAUUCAUCAGUUAGGACCUGGAUAUAAGAGCACCUUCAAGUUUAAAUCUGAGAGUGAUAUUCAUUUGGCAGAACAUCAUAAACAGGUUCUGUAUGAUGGGAAACUUGCAAGUAGUAUCGCAUUUACAUAUAACGCUAAGGCCACGGAUGCUCAGUUGUGCCUGGAAUCAUCACCAAAGGAAAAUGCAUCGAUUUUUGUGCAUUCCCCACAUGCUCUAAUGCUCCAGGAUGUAAAAGCUAUAGUUACACAUUCAAUUCAUAGUGCAAUUCAUUCUAUUGGAGGGAUUCAAGUGCUUUUCCCACUUUUUGCACAACUGGACAACCGGCAACUCAAUGACAGUCAAGUGGAAACAACUGUCUGUGCUACUCUUUUGGCAUUCCUGGUUGAACUACUUAAAAGUUCAGUAGCCAUGCAAGAACAGAUGCUGGGUGGAAAAGGCUUUUUAGUCAUUGGCUACUUACUUGAAAAGUCAUCAAGAGUUCAUAUCACUAGAGCUGUCCUGGAGCAGUUUUUAUCCUUUGCAAAAUACCUUGACGGUUUAUCUCAUGGAGCACCUUUGCUGAAGCAGCUUUGUGAUCACAUUUUAUUCAACCCAGCCAUCUGGAUACAUAUACCUGCAAAGGUUCAGCUUUCCCUAUACACUUAUUUGUCUGCUGAAUUUAUUGGAACUGCUACCAUUUACACCACCAUACGCAGAGUAGGAACAGUAUUACAGCUAAUGCAUACACUAAAAUAUUACUACUGGGUCAUUAAUCCUGCCGACAGUAGUGGCAUUGCACCCAAAGGUUUAGAUGGUCCCCGGCCAUCACAAAAAGAAAUUAUAUCACUACGGGCAUUUAUGUUACUUUUCCUGAAACAGCUUAUAUUAAAGGAUCGAGGGGUCAAGGAAGAUGAACUUCAGAGUAUAUUAAAUUACCUGCUUACAAUGCAUGAGGAUGAAAAUAUUCAUGAUGUGUUACAGUUACUAGUGGCUUUAAUGUCAGAACACCCAGCCUCAAUGAUACCAGCGUUUGAUCAAAGAAAUGGAAUAAGGGUAAUCUACAAAUUAUUGGCCUCUAAAAGUGAAAGUAUUUGGGUUCAAGCUCUGAAGGUUCUGGGAUACUUUCUGAAGCAUUUAGGUCACAAGAGAAAAGUUGAAAUUAUGCAUACCCACAGUCUUUUUACUCUUCUUGGAGAGAGGCUGAUGUUGCAUACAAACACUGUGACUGUCACCACGUACAACACACUUUAUGAGAUUUUGACAGAGCAAGUAUGUACUCAAGUUGUACACAAACCACAUCCAGAGCCAGAUUCUACAGUGAAAAUUCAGAAUCCAAUGAUUCUUAAGGUAGUGGCAACUUUGUUAAAAAACUCUACACCAAGUGCAGAACUGAUGGAAGUUCGUCGUUUGUUUUUAUCUGAUAUGAUAAAACUUUUCAGUAACAGCCGGGAGAAUAGAAGAUGCUUAUUGCAGUGUUCAGUGUGGCAGGAUUGGAUGUUUUCUCUUGGCUAUAUCAAUCCUAAAAAUUCUGAGGAACAGAAGAUUACGGAGAUGGUCUACAAUAUCUUCCGGAUUCUUUUGUAUCAUGCAAUCAAAUAUGAAUGGGGAGGCUGGAGAGUUUGGGUGGAUACUCUCUCAAUAGCCCAUUCCAAGGUCACUUAUGAAGCACAUAAGGAAUACCUAGCUAAAAUGUAUGAAGAAUAUCAGAGACAAGAGGAGGAAAACAUUAAAAAGGGAAAGAAAGGGAAUGUGAGCACCAUCUCUGGUCUCUCAUCGCAGACAACAGGAGCAAAAGGUGGAAUGGAAAUUCGAGAGAUGGAAGACCUUUCACAAAGCCAGAGCCCAGAAAGUGAGACAGAUUACCCUGUCAGCACAGACAAUAGAGACUUGCUCAUGUCAACAAAAGUGUCAGAUGAUAUUCUUGGAAAUUCAGGUAGACCGGGAAAUGCUGUACACGUGGAAGUGCACGAUCUUUUAGUUGAUAUAAAAGCAGAGAAAGUGGAAGCAACAGAAGUGAAGCUUGAUGAUAUGGAUUUAUCACCAGAAACUUUAGUAGGUGCAGAGAAUGGUGCUCUUGUGGAGGUUGAAUCUUUGUUGGAUAAUGUAUACAGUGCUGCUGUUGAGAAACUCCAGAACAAUGUACAUGGAAGUGUUGGUAUCAUUAAAAAAAAUGAGGAAAAGGAUAACGGUCCAUUGAUAACAUUAGCAGAUGAGAAGGAUGAACUUCCCAACAGUAGCACAUCAUUUCUCUUUGAUAAAAUACCCAAACAGGAAGAGAAACUCCUUCCUGAACUUUCUAGCAAUCACAUUAUUCCAAAUAUUCAGGACACACAAGUACAUCUUGGUGUUGGUGAUGAUCUUGGAUUGCUUGCUCACAUGACCGGUAGUGUAGACUUAACUUGUACAUCAAGCAUAAUAGAAGAAAAAGAGUUCAAAAUCCAUACAACUUCAGAUGGAAUGGGCAGUAUUUCUGAAAGAGACUUAGCAUCAUCAUCUAAAGGGUUAGAGUAUGCUGAAAUGACUGCUACGACUCUGGAAACUGAAUCUUCUGGUAGCAGAAUUGUACCAAAUAUUGAUGCAGGAAGUGUAAUUUCAGACACUGAGAGAUCUGAUGAUGGCAAAGAAUCAGGAAAGGAAAUCCGUAAAAUCCAGACCACUGCUACAACGCAAGCUGUUCAGGGUCGGUCUAUCACACAACAAGACAGAGAUCUCCGAGUUGAUUUAGGAUUUCGAGGAAUGCCAAUGACUGAGGAACAGCGGCGCCAGUUCAGCCCAGGUCCACGAACUACAAUGUUUCGUAUUCCUGAGUUUAAAUGGUCUCCAAUGCACCAGCGACUUCUCACCGAUUUGCUAUUUGCCUUAGAAACAGAUGUACAUGUUUGGAGGAGCCAUUCCACAAAGUCUGUAAUGGAUUUUGUCAAUAGCAAUGAAAAUAUUAUUUUUGUACAUAACACAAUUCACCUCAUUUCCCAAAUGGUAGACAACAUCAUCAUUGCUUGUGGAGGAAUUUUACCUUUGCUCUCUGCUGCAACAUCACCAACUACGGAAUUGGAAAAUAUUGAAGUGACACAAGGCAUGUCAGCUGAGACAGCAGUAACUUUCCUCAGUCGAUUGAUGGCUAUGGUUGAUGUACUUGUAUUUGCCAGCUCUCUAAAUUUUAGUGAGAUUGAAGCUGAAAAAAACAUGUCUUCUGGUGGUUUAAUGCGACAGUGCCUAAGGCUAGUUUGCUGUGUUGCUGUGAGAAACUGUUUAGAAUGUCGGCAGAGACAGAGAGACAGGGGGAACAAGCCUUCACAUGCAAGCAGUAAACCUCAAGAAGCUCCCCAAGGUGUGACUGCCACAGCAGCUUCCAAGACUCCACUAGAGAAUGUUCCAGGUAACCUUUCUCCAAUUAAGGAUCCUGAUAGACUUCUUCAGGAUGUUGAUAUCAAUCGCCUUCGUGCAGUUGUCUUUCGGGAUGUGGAUGAUAGCAAGCAGGCACAGUUCUUAGCUCUAGCUGUUGUUUACUUCAUUUCGGUUCUGAUGGUUUCCAAGUAUCGUGACAUUUUAGAACCCCAGCGAGAGACUGCAAGAACUGGAAGCCAGCCAGGUAGAAACAUCAGACAAGAAAUAAAUUCACCAACAAGUACAGUUGUGGUCAUACCAUCUAUCCCUCAUCCAAGUUUGAACCAUGGAUUCCUUGCCAAGUUAAUUCCUGAGCAGAGCUUUGCCCACUCAUUUUACAAAGAAACACCUGCUGCAUUUCCAGACACGGUAAAGGAAAAAGAAACACCAGCCCCUGGUGAAGAUAUUCAUCUAGAAAGUUCCAUUCCUCAUACUGAUUCAGGAAUCGGAGAGGAGCAAGUGGCUAGCAUCCUGAAUGGGGCAGAAUUAGAGACUAGCACAGGCCCUGAUGCCAUGAGUGAACUGUUAUCUACUUUGUCAUCCGAAGUGAAAAAGUCACAGGAAAGCCUAACUGAGAACCCCAGUGAAAUGUUGAAGCCUGCGCCAUCUAUAUCUAGCAUUAGUCAAACCAAAGGCAUCAAUGUCAAGGAAAUAUUGAAAAGUCUUGUGGCCGCCCCAGUUGAAAUUGCAGAAUGUGGCCCUGAACCUAUCCCAUACCCAGAUCCAGCACUGAAGAGAGAAGCGCAAGCUAUUCUUCCUAUGCAGUUUCAUUCCUUUGACAGGAGUGUCGUGGUCCCUGUUAAGAAGCCCCCUCCAGGUAGUUUAGCUGUAACCACUGUAGGAGCUGCUGCUGCUGGAAGUGGGCUGCCAACAGGCAGUACCUCUAAUAUAUUUGCUGCUACUGGAGCUACACCAAAAAGUAUGAUUAAUACAACAGGUGCCGUGGAUUCGGGGUCCUCUUCUUCUUCCUCCUCUUCUAGUUUUGUGAAUGGUGCUACCAGCAAAAACCUUCCAGCUGUACAAACUGUUGCUCCAAUGCCAGAAGAUUCGGCUGAAAAUAUGAGCAUCACUGCAAAACUUGAAAGAGCUUUAGAAAAAGUUGCUCCUCUUCUUCGUGAAAUUUUUGUAGACUUUGCCCCAUUCCUAUCUCGUACACUUCUUGGCAGUCAUGGACAAGAGCUAUUGAUAGAAGGCCUUGUUUGUAUGAAGUCCAGCACAUCUGUGGUUGAGCUUGUUAUGCUGCUUUGUUCUCAGGAAUGGCAAAAUUCUAUUCAGAAGAAUGCAGGACUUGCAUUUAUUGAACUCAUCAAUGAAGGAAGAUUGCUAUGCCAUGCUAUGAAGGACCAUAUAGUUCGUGUUGCAAAUGAAGCUGAGUUUAUUUUGAAUAGACAGAGAGCUGAGGAUGUACAUAAACAUGCAGAGUUCGAGUCGCAGUGUGCCCAAUACGCUGCUGAUAGAAGAGAGGAAGAAAAGAUGUGUGACCAUCUCAUUAGUGCUGCGAAACAUAGGGACCACGUGACUGCAAAUCAGCUGAAACAGAAGAUCCUUAACAUUCUCACAAAUAAGCAUGGUGCUUGGGGAGCAGUUUCUCAUAGCCAACUGCACGAUUUCUGGCGUUUGGAUUACUGGGAAGAUGAUCUUCGUCGAAGGAGACGGUUUGUCCGUAAUGCAUUUGGCUCCACUCAUGCUGAAGCAUUGCUCAAAGCUGCAAUAGAAUAUGGCACUGAAGAAGAUGUAGUAAAGUCUAAGAAAACAUUCCGGAGUCAAGCAAUAGUGAAUCAGAAUGCAGAGACAGAGCUUAUGCUGGAAGGAGAUGACGAUGCAGUCAGUCUGCUCCAAGAGAAGGAAAUCGACAAUCUUGCAGGCCCAGUUGUUCUCAGCACUCCUGCCCAGCUCAUUGCUCCUGUGGUGGUGGCCAAGGGGACUCUUUCCAUCACCACGACAGAAAUCUACUUCGAGGUGGAUGAGGAUGAUCCUGCCUUCAAGAAGAUCGACACGAAAGUUCUUGCAUACACUGAGGGACUUCAUGGAAAAUGGAUGUUCAGCGAGAUACGAGCUGUAUUUUCAAGGCGUUAUCUUCUACAAAACACUGCUUUGGAAGUAUUUAUGGCGAACCGAACCUCAGUUAUGUUUAAUUUCCCUGAUCAAGCAACAGUAAAAAAAGUCGUCUAUAGCUUGCCUCGGGUUGGAGUAGGGACCAGCUAUGGUUUGCCGCAAGCCAGGAGGAUAUCACUAGCCACUCCUCGACAGCUUUAUAAAUCUUCCAACAUGACUCAGCGUUGGCAAAGAAGGGAAAUUUCAAACUUCGAAUAUUUGAUGUUUCUUAAUACUAUAGCAGGACGGACAUAUAAUGAUCUGAACCAAUACCCCGUGUUUCCGUGGGUAUUAACAAACUAUGAAUCAGAAGAAUUGGAUUUGACUCUUCCAGGAAACUUCAGGGAUCUAUCAAAGCCGAUUGGUGCUUUGAACCCAAAGAGAGCUGUGUUUUACGCAGAGCGUUACGAGACAUGGGAAGAUGAUCAAAGUCCUCCCUACCAUUAUAACACACAUUAUUCAACGGCAACAUCCACCUUAUCCUGGCUUGUUCGAAUUGAACCUUUCACAACCUUCUUCCUCAAUGCAAAUGAUGGAAAAUUUGACCAUCCUAAUCGAACCUUCUCGUCCGUUGCAAGGUCUUGGAGAACGAGUCAGAGAGAUACUUCUGAUGUAAAGGAACUAAUUCCAGAGUUCUAUUACCUACCGGAGAUGUUCGUCAACAGUAAUGGAUAUAAUCUUGGAGUCAGAGAAGAUGAAGUGGUGGUAAAUGAUGUUGAUCUUCCCCCUUGGGCAAAAAAACCUGAAGACUUUGUACGGAUCAACAGGAUGGCCCUGGAAAGUGAAUUUGUUUCUUGCCAACUCCAUCAGUGGAUUGACCUUAUAUUUGGCUACAAGCAGCGAGGACCAGAAGCAGUCCGGGCUCUAAAUCUUUUUCACUACUUAACCUAUGAAGGCUCUGUGAACCUGGACAGUAUCACUGACCCUGUGCUGAGGGAGGCCAUGGAGGCACAGAUACAGAACUUUGGACAAACGCCAUCUCAGUUGCUUAUUGAGCCACAUCCGCCUCGGAGCUCUGCCAUGCACCUGUGUUUCCUUCCACAGAGUCCACUCAUGUUUAAAGAUCAGAUGCAGCAGGAUGUGAUCAUGGUGCUGAAGUUUCCAUCAAAUUCUCCAGUAACGCAUGUGGCAGCCAACACGCUCCCCCACCUGACCAUCCCUGCGGUGGUGACCGUGACCUGCAGCAGACUGUUUGCAGUGAACCGAUGGCACAACACAGUGGGCCUCAGAGGAGCUCCAGGUUACUCCUUGGAUCAAGCCCAUCAUCUUCCCAUUGAAAUGGAUCCACUCAUUGCCAAUAACUCUGGUGUGAACAAACGGCAGAUCACAGACCUUGUUGACCAGAGCAUACAAAUCAACGCCCAUUGUUUUGUGGUCACAGCCGACAAUCGCUAUAUUCUUAUCUGUGGAUUCUGGGAUAAGAGCUUCAGAGUUUAUUCUACAGAAACAGGGAAGCUAACUCAGAUUGUAUUUGGCCAUUGGGAUGUGGUGACGUGCUUGGCCAGGUCUGAGUCAUACAUAGGUGGGGACUGCUACAUCGUGUCUGGGUCUCGAGAUGCUACCCUGCUUCUCUGGUACUGGAGUGGGCGACACCAUAUCAUAGGAGACAACCCGAACAGCAGUGACUAUCCUGCACCAAGAGCUGUCCUCACGGGCCAUGACCAUGAAGUUGUCUGUGUUUCUGUCUGUGCCGAACUUGGACUUGUUAUCAGUGGUGCUAAAGAGGGCCCUUGCCUCGUCCACACAAUCACUGGAGAUUUGCUAAGAGCCCUCGAAGGACCAGAAAACUGCUUGUUCCCACGCUUGAUCUCUGUCUCCAGUGAAGGCCACUGUAUCAUCUACUAUGAACGAGGGCGAUUCAGCAAUUUCAGCAUCAAUGGGAAACUUUUGGCUCAAAUGGAGAUCAACGAUUCAACACGGGCCAUUCUCCUGAGUAGCGAUGGCCAGAACCUGGUGACCGGAGGGGACAAUGGCGUGGUGGAGGUUUGGCAGGCCUGUGACUUCAAGCAGCUGUACAUUUACCCCGGAUGUGAUGCUGGCAUUAGAGCAAUGGACUUAUCCCAUGACCAGAGGACUCUGAUCACUGGCAUGGCUUCUGGUAGCAUUGUAGCUUUUAAUAUAGAUUUUAAUCGGUGGCAUUAUGAGCAUCAGAACAGAUACUGAAGACAAAUGGAGAGCCAAAAGCCAAGUUAAAGCUGAGAGCACAAGUGCUGCAUGGAAAGGCAAUAUCUCUGGUGGAAAAAAACUCGUCUACAUCGACCUCCGUUUGUACAUUCCAUCACACCCAGCAAUAGCUGUACAUUGUAGUCAGCAGCCAUUUUACUUUGUGUGUUUUUUCACUACUGAACACCAGCUGCUACCAAGCAAGCUUAUAUCAUGUAAAUUAUAUGAAUUAGGAGAUGUUUUGGUAAUUAUUUCAUAUCUUGUCGUUUAUUGAGAAAAGGUAGUAGGACGUGUCACAAGAGACUUUUGACAAUUCUGAGGAACCUUGUGUCCAGUUGUUACAAAGUUUAAGCUUUGAACCUAACCUGCAUCCCAUUUCCAGCCUCUUUUCAAGCUGAGAAAAAAAAAAAAAACACGUUUGAUACUUUGUACAUCAGAUGCAUCUUAUUUAAAGGGAUACUUUUGUAAAAGUAAAACCUUGUAUAAAGAACAAAACAUUUCUUAAUUUUAUUGUGGAGUUACAACUUGCAUGUUCUUUAAUCCUGAAGUCUUGAUGGGACAGGUGCAUUGACACUAGGAAAUAGUACGAUCUGUGCAAGGACACAGCUUGUAUGAAAGGACUGAAUUUGGGCUCAAUCAGUAAUUUUUGACAUUUUCACCAAAAUACAUAGUUUUGCACUUUUAAAUCUAAAUUCAUCCCUUCUAAGUGAAAUUUGCUCAUAAAGCAUUUGAAUACUAAGCCAUUAUUUGCCAUUUUGGUACUUGAUACAAAGAAAAUUCAGCCGUAACCUUCAUAAUUUGAAGACACAGCAGAAAGGGGGCUUAGGGAUGAGGUCCUGGUUUUAUUGUAUAAAUAGGAGUCCCGACCAUUUAGUUCCAUAGUAAUGACUUCCCAACUCCUGGACAACUCUUCCAGAAUCAUCCUGCUGGCUUAGCGUGUGUACAUUAGGGGAGGAGAAUCUGAUGCUAACUUUUUUGCUGUUUUUUUUUCCCCCCCGCCCUCUCUCUCUCUUUGGUUCUUGAAUAGCUUAGUUUCUUUAAUAAUAAGUCAGACUUUAUUAUAACAAUAACUGGCAUUAUUCUUUUAGGUUCUUGUGAAAUUUUCACCUAAAGCCACAUUCUUAGCCUAAGGCACUUCAUCUUUUAUGAUAUACAAUGAUGGCUAUCAAAUGAUUUUCCAUACAUUGUACUGAUCAAGUUAUACACCCAGGGUAUAUACACUUUAUUCAUGUUUCUUCUUUGUAUAUUUGGUGACUGUAUCGUCAUAGAUAUGUACAUAUUGUGUCGGUAGGGCUAUGAGGCAUGUUACAGGAAUGUAAUUUUCUCAGAAUUUACACUCACUUGCAGUCAUUUAUUUAAAAAGAUAAAAACAAGAUAAUGGGUUCUUUGUAUUGGCACUUUGCACCAGAAACAUAUCAUUAUUUAUUGAUGUGAUUACUUAUUUGUUAUCCACCUUGUACUAGUAAGUUUUAGCACUGAAUUCCUUCUUCAUUGUUGUUUGUAUUUAUGAGAUUCUGAAAUUCUGGGGAAUCGGCGUAAUGAUUAAUUUAUUCAUCACCAGGCUGUAAGCAAUAUCUUGAGUUUGUAGCUUAGAAUUGGGAGGAUAAUGAACAUCUGGAAGACAAGUUCAUUUCAUCUUGAGAUCAUGGUGAAAUAUUUUGGAUAUAUAAAUUCCUUAAGCUAUUGUAACCAUGUUUUAUUGCAAAGAUGUAAAAUAUGCCAGAUGUGUGUGAGUUGGAAAUCAAAAAAAGACAAAUAAAAUAUGCAAAGAAUUCA